AUGGUGCUGGAUCUAGACUUGUUUAGGGCCGAUAAAGGAGGAGACCCCGAGAUUGUUCGGGAAACUCAGAAGAAGAGAUUCAAAGACGUGACGUUGGUGGACAAACUUGUGGCAGUAGACACAGAAUGGAGAAAAUGUCGCUUUACCGCCGACAACCUGAACAAAGCAAAAAACCUCUGCAGCAAGAGCAUUGGAGAGAAAAUGAAGAAAAAAGAGCCAAUUGGAGAAGACGACUGUUUACCCGACAAGGCUCAGCAAGUGGACUCUCUCACAGCUGAAGUGUUAUCGGGGCUAACAGUUACUCAAAUUAAGAAGGUGCGAUUGCUCGUCGAUGAAGCGGUCGAGAAAACGGACAAAGACCGGGUCCAACUCGAGGCCGAUCGCUUUGAAUACCUGAGGGAGAUUGGGAAUCUUCUGCAUCCGUCGGUACCAAUCAGCAAUGAUGAGGACGUAGACAACAAAGUGGAGCGUACAUGGGGCGACUGUACUGUCCAAAAGAAGUAUUCCCACGUGGAUCUGGUGGUGAUGGUGGACGGCUUUGAGGGAGAGAAGGGAGCUGUGGUGGCUGGAAGCAGAGGCUAUUUCCUCAAGGGCCCACUGGUUUUUCUGGAGCAAGCGCUGAUCAACUACGCCCUGAGGAUCCUGUAUCAUAAGAACUACACAAUGCUGUACACGCCUUUCUUCAUGCGGAAGGAGGUGAUGCAGGAGGUGGCACAGCUCAGCCAGUUUGAUGAGGAGCUCUAUAAGGUGAUCGGAAAGGGCAGUGAGAACGCAGACGACGCCUCCAUUGAUGAGAAGUAUCUGAUUGCCACCUCCGAGCAGCCAAUCGCAGCCUUCCUCCGGGACGAGUGGCUGAAACCCGAGGACCUGCCCAUACGGUACGCCGGCUUCUCCACCUGCUUCCGACAGGAGGUGGGCUCUCACGGCCGGGACACGCGAGGCAUCUUCAGGGUGCACCAGUUUGAGAAGAUUGAGCAGUUUGUUUAUGCCUCUCCUCACGACGGAAAGUCCUGGGAGAUGUUUGACGAGAUGAUCGGGACGGCAGAAGAGUUUUAUCAGUCUCUUGGAAUCCCAUACCGCAUUGUCAACAUUGUGUCCGGCGCUCUUAACCACGCAGCCAGUAAAAAGUUGGACCUUGAAGCCUGGUUCCCUGGAUCCGGAGCGUUCAGAGAGUUGGUCUCCUGCUCCAACUGCACAGAUUACCAGGCCAGGCGCCUUCGCAUCCGCUUCGGGCAGACGAAGAAGAUGAUGGAUAAGACGGAGUUCGUGCACAUGUUGAAUGCCACCAUGUGCGCCACAACACGUGUGAUUUGUGCGAUCCUGGAGAACUAUCAAACUGAAGAAGGAAUCGUUGUUCCGGAGCCGCUCAGGGACUUCAUGCCUCCUGGUCUGAAUGAAAUGAUCAAGUUUGUCAAACCAGCGCCGAUCGACCAAGAAAUGAGCAAGAAGGCUAAAAAACAGCAGGAGGGAGGAGGAGGAGGAGGCGGCAAAAAGAAGAAGAAGCAGGGAGGAGGAGGAGGAGGAGGAGGAGGAGGGCUGCCCACCGCCAUGGAGAACAUGUCCGUCAAUGACUCAUAG